AAUGGAGGGCUGGUCUGCUCUUUUUCUUCUUGAUUUCACUUUUCCCCCCACGAUAUCAGAGAAUCUUGGAAAGUGAUUCAUUGCAGCUUCCUUUGUUCCUGGGCCGAGGAUCUUAGACUGGGGUAGGAACCAACACUUUCGCAUCGUUAACGCUGAUCGCUAUUGGGACGGUGCCGUCAUAAGUGUGCAGGGUAUUUGUUACUUCGUUUUUGUGAAGUCUUUCUCCAAUCGCUCUUCCUACAGCUUCGAUUUUGACGAGAAGCGUGUUUCUGCACAUCAUGUCGGCAAAGUCUACGGCUGGGCCUGGUGGCAGGAAGCCGGCGAGCGCGGCGACGAAUUUGAUUGCUGGCGGUGGUGCUGGUAUGAUGGAGGCGCUUGCGUGUCAUCCUUUAGAUACAAUCAAAGUGCGCAUGCAACUUUCAAGACGAGCACGAGCGCCAGGUGCACCAAAACGUGGAUUUCUUACCACAGGAAAAGAGAUUGUGAAGCGUGAAACUGCUCUUGGAUUGUACAAGGGUCUUGGUGCGGUGCUUACGGGCAUUGUACCGAAGAUGGCGACGAGGUUCACGAGUUAUGAGUGGUACAAGCAGAUGCUGGCGGAUAGUGCAGGCAAUGUUAAUUCGAAAUCUACGUUCAUGGCUGGUCUAGCUGCCGGUGUCACUGAAGCGGUCUUCGUCGUUACGCCCAUGGAAGUCGUCAAGAUUCGUUUACAAGCGCAACACCACUCGAUGGCAGAUCCGCUAGACGUUCCCAAGUACCGAAAUGCUGCGCACGCGUUAUACACCGUCGUGAAGGAAGAAGGUGCCGGAGCUUUGUGGCGUGGUGUAUCGCUCACCGCGUUGCGACAAGGAACGAAUCAGGCUGCCAACUUCACUGCAUACUCUGAGCUGCGAGCGGCGCUGCAAAAGUACCAUGGCACAAACGACCUACCAAGCUACGAGACUUCGCUCAUUGGACUCAUGUCUGGUGCCGUCGGACCCUUCACCAAUGCGCCCAUCGACACAAUCAAGACAAGGUUGCAAAAGACUCCGGCUGAGGCAGGAACAAGUGCUUUGCAGAGGAUACAAGCAAUUGCAAAUGAGAUGUGGAGACAAGAGGGCAUCCGUAGUUUCUACAAGGGAAUCACACCCCGUGUCAUGCGUGUCGCGCCCGGUCAGGCCGUCACAUUCACAGUGUACGAAUACUUGAAGGGCGUGCUGGAGAAGGGGAGGGAAAUGCUGCCUGGCGGACAGUACGAGGAGUAGUGUGCCAAAGACGAGAAGCAGGUCCGUUGAUAUCCAUUUGCAUCGUGCGAUGUACAUAGCAAGCAUAGCAUCAAAAGAAUAAUUCCAUUUUUACAAAA